GAAAAAUUUACAAGAGCAUCCAAAAUGGACUUCAACAAUUGGAAUAUGUUUUGGAGUGCUUGCUUUGGAGUGAUGGCUAUCAUGAUCGUUUUCGGGAACUGUCUUUCCAUUCUGGUUCUCUUGAAGCGAAGGCUUCGCAAACGUCCUCAUUUCUUGCUGAUCAGUUUGGCCAUGGCAGACCUUCUGGUCGGACUGUUUUCCAUACCAAUGUACAUGAUCAUGUGGUUCACUCGACAGACGCUGGUUUCUUCACUUGUUUUUGACUGCGUUGAUAUGUUCACUGGCUUUUCAUCGGUGUUUACAUUGGUGUUCAUUUCCCUUGAAAGACUGAACGCCAUUGUUCAACCACUUCGUCAUCGACAGUUGGCAUUGCACUGUUACUUCAUAGCCAUAGCAACGCCUUGGAUCCUCUCCAUCGCUGUAACAUCAUCUCGAGUGCUGCUAGGGUUGGUCAUCAUAGACGUCCAUCAGUUCUUGUCCGUCAUAAUAACGAGCCUAUCAACUCCUCUUGUGCUAAUGUGCAUUGCCUAUUGCGUCAUUUGGAGAAAGGAAGCCUCGCGCCUUUCUCACACUUUCAGAGCGAGGAGAGAGGCAAGGCUGUCUAAGACAGUGCUUCUUAUAACAGGAAUGUUUAUAUUGACUUGGAUGCCAUUCCAAGUCCUGGUAAUUGUGAUUGUCAAGUGCACCACAUGUAACAACGUGUCUCUUGUAGUUGUCUUUGUAAUCAAACUUCUUCAGUUUAGUAACUCGGUUUUGAACUUUUUCAUUUAUUGUUUCAGAAUGCCGAAUUAUCGCCGAGCAUUGUUUUCGUUGUUGCCUAGUUGUAAUUGCUGUCAUCUCCGAAACGGAGUUGUUCAUCCUUUCGUUGAGCCUCAAACGACUAGCGUUACCUUUCUUUCGUUCUCGACCUCGAUGUCUGUGAGGCGUAGCCAACAGUCCUGAACAAAAUAAUAAUACGAAGAAUGCACCAGUUACAUGAACACAUACAUUUUACGUGGAAGUAAAAGUUGAGCAUUGCUCUUUGUGUCAAAAAAGGAAACAAAGAAAUAGAGAAAUAAAUCGUAUAAUAAGACCCCUUCAAAUGUUUGAAUGCUUGCUGAGGUUGAUAUUUGAUAUCACUGACUGCAACUGAUCAAAGGGAUAGAACGGUUUUCAAUUGAGUGUCGAAAGCAAUCAGGCA